AUGAAUUUUAUUUCAAAUAAAUUUCCUAUUCUAGGUAUGGAAAGUCAAAAUGAUUUAUAUCCAUCAUUUCUAUCUCCAUUUUCCGAUAGUCAAGCCCGACCAUAUGAAAUUGAUUAUCAAGUUCCAUUUGAAUAUCAAAUGGGAUUACAAAUACGUGACAAAUUACCUCCACUUAAUUUUAAUACAUUAAAUGAAGAUACAUUAUUUUUUUUAUUUUAUUUAUUUGGUAAUGAUCAUGUGCAAUUAUUAGCUGCUGCUGAAUUAUAUCGACGAGAUUGGCGUUAUCAUAAAGAAGAACGUAUAUGGUUAACACGAAUAAAAAAUAUAAUGCCUGAUCAAAAAUAUGAUACAUAUGAAACAGGUGUUUAUUGUGUAUUUGAUGUACAACUUUGGCGUAAAACACAUAAAAGUAUGCGAAUUGAUUAUGAAAAAUUAGAUGUAAAUCCUGUAUUGAAACAAGAUUUGUUUGCUUCUAAAUUACUUCAACAACAGUCGUCUGUACAACAACAAUAUGCGCCUGUGUCAUCGUAUAAUACAAAUUCUUCUAGAUAG